AUGGCAUUUCGUCAAGCUCCAAUUGGUUUGAGAUACCUUUCAACUCCAGCAGACCCAAAACAAAAAGCUCAAUCCAUUGUUGACGCAUUACCAGGUACCAAUUUGUUGUCAAAAACUGGUAUUUUAGCCACUUCUGCAGCUGCAGCUAUCUAUGGAUUGUCUAAUGGUUUGAUUAUCAUACACGAUGAAUCUAUCUUGGUAUUGACAUUCACAAUCUUUUCAGCCAUGGUUGUUAAAUUUAUUGCCCCAUUGUACACUGAAUGGGCUGACGGAGAAAUCAAAAAGGUCAACGACUUGUUAAAUGGAGCCAGAAACAAACAUAUCCAAGCCGUUGAAAACAGAAUUCAAUCUGUUGGUGAAUUGAAAGACGUUGUUUCACAAACCAAAGAUUUGUUCAACUUGUCUAAGGAAACAGCCAAAUAUGAAGCCGAGUCAUUUGUAUUGAAACAAAAAUUGGAAGUAGCAUCAGAAGCUAGAAACGUAUUGGAUUCAUGGGUUAGAUUCGAACAACAACAAAGGCAAAUUGAACAAGAACAAUUGGCCAACUCGGUCAUCGAAAAAGUCAAUAAGGAAAUUGAAAAUCCAAAGUUCCAAGAAAAGGUUUUGGCGGAGGCUGUUGCUGAUGUUGAAAAAUUGUUCAACAAAUCUAAAUAG